CGUCGGGCCGCCUGCUUGGCUGCGGCGGCUGCGGCGGCCGCGGCGCUGAGCUAGACGCUGAGUGACGCGCGGACUCGGCGCUGACGGGCAGCAGACCUGACCCGCGGCCGCAUGUGGGAUCUUAGUUUCCUGACCAGGAAUCGAACCCGCAUCCCCUGCAGUGGAAGUGCAGAGUCUUAACCACUGGACCAUCAGCGAAGUCCCACCUAUCCAUUUCUUUAAAAAAAAAAAAAAAAGGGGAGAGCAGAGCCAGCAGGUGUUUGGGGGACGUGACUGUCGUGGGCGCCGCAUCACCUACUCCUCACGUCUCUGCAGGACCAGAGUAGUGAGAGCAGCAAGAACCACACCCGGCAACGAUGUCAGCGGAACUGGAGACCUCAGAGGGGGUGGAUGAGCCAGAGAAAAAGAGCUCUGGGGCCCCAGAAAAAGAAAACCACACCAGGAUGGCGGACCUCUCCGAGCUCCUGAAGGAAGGGACCAAGGAAGCGCAUGACCGGGCAGAAAACACCCAGUUUGUCAAGGACUUCUUGAAAGGCAACAUCAGGAAGGAGCUGUUUAAGCUGGCCACCACUGCACUGUACUUCACAUACUCGGCACUUGAGGAAGAGAUGGACCGGAACAAGGACCACCCGGCCUUUGCCCCCUUGUACUUCCCCUCGGAGCUGCACCGGAAGGCGGCGCUGAUCAAGGACAUGGAGUAUUUCUAUGGUGAGGACUGGGAGGAGCAGGUGCAGUGCUCCGAGGCCACCCGAAAGUACGUGGAGCGGAUCCACUGCGUGGGGCAGAAUGAACCAGAGCUGCUGGUGGCCCACGCCUACACCCGCUACAUGGGGGACCUCUCAGGGGGCCAGGUGCUGAAGAAGGUGGCCCAGCGGGCCCUGAAACUCCCCAGCACAGGGGAAGGGACCCAGUUCUACCUGUUUGAGAAUGUGGACAAUGCACAGCAGUUCAAGCAGUUCUACCGGGCCAGGAUGAACGCCCUGGACCUGAACCUGAAGACCAAAGAGAAGAUUGUGGAGGAGGCCAACAAGGCCUUCGAGUACAACAUGCAGAUAUUCAGUGAACUGGACCAGGCUGGCUCCUUGCUGGCCAAAGAGACCCUGGAGGACGGGCUCCCUGUGCACGAUGGGAAAGGAGAUGUGCGGAAAUGCCCCUACUACGCUGCUAAACAAGACAAAGGUGCCCUGGAGGGCAGCAGCUGCCCCUUCCGAACAGUCCUAGCUGUACUGAGCAAGCCCAGCCUCCAGUUCAUCCUGGCCGCCAGCGUGGCCCUGGCUGCCGGCCUCUUGGCCUGGUACUACAUGUGAAGGACCCACCACCCAUGCUGGCGCCCUCCUCCUGACCACUGGCCUGCCCUUACCUCCACCCACGACCAAACUACCACCUCAGGUGACUUUUUUUUAAUGCUGGGCUUGAGAAAACAAGCAACCAAUAAAAGCCAGAUGCUAAAGCCUUUGCCUGUCAGCAUCCCAUCUGUGGGCCAAAUGCUGACCUGGGUGCAGGCCCACCCUCCCUGCAGCCCCCAGGCCACGGCAGCAGGAGCCGCCAUUGCAGCUCAGCGGGCCAGCCUGGGCCUCUGGAACCAGCUCUGCUGCUGGGGCACCCACACCUCUGACCCCAAGGCUCUUUCCCUCUGCUCUUCCUCAUCAUGUUGGCAUUUAGGUGGGCAUCUUUCCCCUGUUGGGAGUGGAGUAGCUAGCAAGUUCAGGCUCCCAUAGCCCUGGGGUCAGGGGGGCUCCCUAGAUGUGGCUGCUCUUCUGCAGGACCUCUCCUGGGGGCAGGGGCCAGGAAGGGGGCAGAAGCCAGGCUUGCACCCUGCCUCAGAGGCCCUGGGAGCUCUGUCCUGGGUAGCCAGUCCUCAUGCCUCUCAAGCAGAAACCUGAGUGGGGUCUGUUUGCCCAUGGCCUGUCUUCUCUGACCUGUGGAAAUGCUACUGCACUCAAUAAAAUGGACUCUUGACA